AUGCUGAAGGGAAACCAGAGUCAUAUCACUGAAUUCCUGUUACUGGGACUGACUAGUGACCCAAAACUGCAAGUGUGGCUCUUCAUCAGUUUCUUGACCAUGUACCUAGUCAAUGUGUUUGGCAACUCAGUCAUCAUUGCAGCCAUCCAAGGAGAUGCCCGCCUCCAUACUCCCAUGUACUACUUCCUUUCUAACCUGUCUUUUGUGGAUAUCUGCUUUACAAAUGUUAUUGUGCCAAGGAUGCUAGCAAAUAUGAUGAGCAAAAACAAAAGGGUUCCGUUUGCCCAGUGCCUCACCCAGAUGUAUUUCUUUGUGACAUGUGCAAUCACUGACAGCUUCCUGCUGGCUGCCAUGGCCAUUGACCGCUAUGUGGCCAUCUGUAACCCACUGCAUUAUACCACCACCAUGAGCCCCAAGCGCUGUCUCCUCCUGGUGAUAGCAUCCUGGGUGGUGUCCCACCUCCACUCCCUCACACACACCAUUCUCAUGGCCCACCUCUCCUUCUGUGGGCCCAACAUCAUCCACCACUUCUUUUGUGAUGUCCAGCCACUGCUAACACUCUCCUGUUCUGACACCUCUGCCAAUGAGCUUUUGGCUUUCACAGAGGGCUCCUUUGUGAUCAUGAGUCCCUUUAUCUUCAUUAUUGUCUCCUAUGUCUUUAUCACCCGGGCUGUUCUGAGAGUCCCUUCUGGGGGAGGCAGAUAUAAGGUCUUCUCUACCUGUGGCUCCCACCUCACAGUUGUGGCGCUAUACUAUGGAACAGCCAUCUCAGUCUACAUCCGCCCUUCAUCCACCUACUCAGUAACAAAGGACCGUGUAGUCACUGUUAUUUACACUGUGGUAAUCCCCAUGCUAAACCCUUUUAUCUACAGCCUCAGAAAUAAGGACAUGAAACAAGCCUUGAGGAAGCUGACUAGGAGAAAAGAAUAACAGUUUAUUGGGAGGUACUUUAAAAAUAUGUACGUAUUCUGUGCAUCAUAAACCUCUAUCAUUUACCUAUAUUGGUAUGUACUAUUGUCUUUUUUGCUUCAUUUGAGUUAUAAUUAAUUACUACUAUGUCCUACUAAUUGGUUCCCACAACUCUUUCAGCACUUUCUUUCUUUUUUUUUUUUCCGACAUCAAUAUGUUCUACACUCAUCGGCACUUUCUCUGCUCUAGUCCUGGAAUCAGUUAUUUCUCCAAAAAGGCUGAGUUUCCUGACAUGUAUGUUCUACUCAGAUUCUGACAGUACAUAUGGAAUUACUCCUUACCCGCUUGUGAAUUUGACUUCUCUCUCUAGGACGAACCUUACACAGAUGUUCUUCUCAC